CCCCGGGGGGAAAUUCUGAAAGUGUCGGUCCAUAUGAGAUGCUUAACAAGUUCAUCUAAGGCCAGCCGGGACCGUCAUGAUCAGCUGUUCUCACCUCCUGCCUGGCCUAGGCCCAAGUUUCCUGCUCCAAACCCGGGACUUCUGGUUGAGCCAGAAGCCGAUCGUUCAGAAGCCAUCCCACCUUGCUCUACCGGCUCCCACCGGUUAGUGCCCCUCCCUCUGUCAACACUGGACUGCCUGAAAAUCUCCUUUCUUUGUCAGCCUCUUGCAAUGUUGGGCCAACUUCAGGCCCACCCUAAGCAGGCCGGUCUACGGUUUUUAUACAGCCCACAUCACAUUCCUGUCGGAGCACCUCCCAGUCUUUAAUGUAGUUAUUUUCAUAGAAAAUAAAGCAGGGCAGUGCUCCUAGCCUCAUGGGACACAUGGGGAAACUGAGGCACAGAGCGACUCCGGGAUUUGCCUUGGGUCAUGCCGGGAGUCUGUGGCAGAGCGGGGAAUUGAACCUAGGUUUCCCACAAGGCAGGUGAGCCCCCUAAGCUCUCGUAACCUUCCCGUGCUGGCUAGUUCAGCCAAGAAUCUCAGGGCAGGUGCUGCUAGGAUCUACCAAAAGGCACAAAGGUUCUGUGCAUGUCCCAAAAGCAGCAGUGAAAUCCAGCCACAAAAGCCUCUUUGUCCUGUGUUAUUGGACGUGACCCAGCGCAACCUGGGGCAGCACGAGGGGAACAGAGCCCGAAGAAGGAGCGGCAUCAAAUUAGUCAAAGCCUGUCAAGCGUUCGCUAAGGGGAGGGAGGGAAGAUGCAAAGUCCUAGGGAUUUCCUGGCGCUGCAGGGGCUGGUGAGAUGGGCCUGGACCAGGGAAGGGCUAGCACGGGCAAUGGAAGGGCAAGCGGCCCCUUGGGACGGCUCUUAGGGGAGGUCGGUCGUCACGGCCCAUUCAGCUGCCAACGGACACGAUCGCAACGGAGGUUUUCCGACAGCAACUUGUUUCCCUGAGCAGCCGCCGGCCGGCAGAGACUUCCCCUCGCUGCCAGCCGGGGCCGGAUUCAAACCCAGCUCGGCACAGUGUCUCGUUCCUAAGCCAACAAGUUCUGCCAAGGAGCUGCACCGGCCUGCGGCGCACUAUUGUUUGGCCAGCGCCGCCCUCGGCGAGGCAGGACGCGGCUCCCUUUGGUGCGGAGCCAGAAGGAGCAGUGGGGUCAGCCUCAGGUAAACAGAGAACCUGAUCUUUGCUCCUUCCCCAGAGCAUUAUCCUAUUAGUGCAACUAACCACUGCCAGCUGGGAUUCAACCCAGGGCCUCCUCAGUGAAAUACAGGCUUCCCCCAGUUGAGCUAUGUAGAGAUUACAGGGAUUUAGGCUAUUAUGUUUGGGGGGGAGCGGGAGAUAUUCACUAACAUCACAAGCUGGGACAAGCGAAUCAAUCAGCAUGCGGCUAUAGUAGGCUCUUAUCCUCUAGGUGAGCGUGACAUAACUGAGCCGUGCGCUCCAUUCAUAAGGGCUGUGGAGCGGAUUCCUCUUGCCCUGCGGGGAGGGUCAGGAACGCCGCCUUGUCCGGUGGCCUCCACCUUGCCAGAGAAGCGUCAUUUCAGGGAUCGGAGUCGGGAGAUUUGAACCCAGCGCCGUGGCAAGCACAGCAAGCGACUCCAGCGUGGGGAAGAAAACGCCCUUUGUACCGCUCCUCCCAGCCACGUUGCCUGAGACACCCUCCCCUGGUGACCCAGGAGAAACAAACUCGAUAAAGUGCCCAGCCACGCACUGGAAACAAAGGCAUCUCGCCGGCCGCGAGUGGCGUCUGUGCUGAGCCGGCCUGCUUCCUUCCUUCCUCGAUCCAUCCGUGGUCAGAAAUAUCCAUCGCUGGGGUGGCGCUUGCUCUUUAUGACGGAGCCCCCUGCUGGGAAGUGAAUCUGCGAGCACUGGGCUCCCUGUCUCCCUGCCCAGCAGCCGGCUGACUCAGAGUGUGACGCUGGGAGCCGAGCGCUAUAAACCCCGUGGCAAAGGCUGGCGGGUCCCAGCUGCUCUGGCAGAGCAGAGAGAGCGUGAAGCCGAGGCGAGCGCUGAAGGCAGGUAAGGACGGGGGCUGUUGUUCUGGGCCAAGCCUUGGUCCCACUUGGAAGAGGGAGCUGUUUACGCCGGAGAUCUUUUCCAGCUUGGCUUCUAUGAAAACCGGCCAGGAUGCAGCGAGGGGCUUUGAUGGCAGGAGGCGUUUGACUCCAGGCGCUGGGGUUCCUCGGGAGGGGGCAGCUGCCCAGUGACCUGCUCCCCGCCGGCUGACUCUCUGCCCGGGCCUCAGCCCCCGACUCCACCGAGAUGUUUCUCUCCAGACAGAGGGCCACGAACAGGAAGCCGGGCCCGCUGCCCACCUGCCCCAACGUCCUCACCCCUGACCGGAUCCCCAAGUUUUUCAUUCCCCCCAAACUCUCCACCCUGUAUGGUAGAGCCCCGGGCGGGAGCCCUGGUUCCCAGCAGAGCCCCCAAGGGACCGGGAGCCCAGAGACACACAGGACCCUGAUCAGAGCCGCCGAUCAGUGUGUUAUCCACGCACAGAGCCUGCACCAGGACCCCGCGGCCAGGGCAGAGGGUGAGGCCGGCCAGCAGCUCCCCACUGCCUGCUCCAUGCCCCACCUCGUCAGCCCAGGGGGCUUCCCCCUCCUGCCCGAGAGCCCCCACACGCGCCGAAGGGAAUCCCUCUUUCACACCACGUGCCCACCCCACCGCAUCUCCCUUGACCUCUCCCCAGAGCCCAGCGCCAGGCUCCUGCCCCCAGAGCUGCGGCCCUGGCGGCCCAUCUCCGAGCCCGGCGCCUUGGACAGCGACACGGCCUCCUCUGCAGGUUCCUCGCCCUUCGGCUCUCCGGUGCUGGGGCACUCGCUGGCCUGCCAGGCCCACCGGGGCCGGCCCCUCUGCAGCCGCGCCCCGGCGGCAGGCCGGGCCAGCUCGCUGUCUGCCGAGGAAGCCAGCUCUACGGACGACAGCCCCAGCGUCCCGCGCCGACAGGCCGAGCCCAGCUGGGGGGCAGGGGCCAGGUUGGCCCCCCCACCCUUCUACCCCUUGGACUUCAUCUGCCGCCCUGCGCGGGUGGCCCAGGAGAACACGGUGGCGCUGAGCCGAGGCGGGUGCCUGCGCCUCUCCUCCGAGUACGUCCCGGCCAGCAGGCGCCUGCUCGUCCGGCUGGUCAGCGCCGAGGGGCUCUACCCGCGGCCCUGCGACCCCCGGCGCGUCGGCUGCUGCGUGGCCCUGCAGCUGCGCCCGGGCAAGGCGCAGAAGCAGCGCAGCGCCGUGGUCAAGAGGAGCUGGAGCCCCAUCUUCAAUGAGGACUUCUUCUUCGAGGGCCUGGCGCCCCACGAGCUGCCCAGCCGCCGCCUCCGGCUCAAGGCGCUCAACAAGGGCUGCGGCGUGAGGUGGGACACCGUGCUGGGCGAGACCGAGGUCCCGCUGCCUGCCCUGCUGCCCCCCUAGGGCCCAGUGGUGCUUGCUCCCAGCAGGGGCCUGGGAGG